AGAAGGCCACAAAACCUAAAUUUUUUUAUAAAACGAUUAUUUCACAUGGAAUUACAAGUUCUUUCAGCUCGAAUUCGACUCCGCUCAACCCGAUAGAGAAUUACAAGUUCUUUCUAUUGCAUACGGCAAGAUCGAAUUUCUCGAAAGAAAAACUUCAAGGUUUCUGCACAGGGGAGGUUUGAACUCUGGACAUCUUCUACCACGCAAAGCACCUCCGUCACAGCUCGGGCACUCCUUGACUCUCAAUUUUAUGCUUUGUUUCCGUCUAUAAUUAUUUCUAUUGGAUAUUCUUUAUUGAACCUCGGAAACUACACUUUUGCCAUUGUGAUUUUGAGACAUGGUGAAGGAAACAGAAUACUAUGAUAUUUUAGGGGUCAGUGUGGAUGCAUCCGCUACUGAGAUCAAAAAGGCCUAUUAUGUAAAGGCAAGAAUAGUCCACCCUGACAAAAAUCCUGGAGAUCCAAAAGCUGCACGAAACUUCCAGGAACUCGGCGAAGCUUAUCAGAUUCUGGGCGACAGUGAGAAACGUGAAACAUAUGAUAAAAAGGGAAAAUCAGGAGUUCAGGGGGAGUCCAUGGUGGAUCCUUCAACUGUCUUUGGGAUGUUAUUUGGAAGUGAUUUAUUUGAGGAUUACAUUGGCCAGCUUGCAUUGGCUUCAAUGGCAUCUGUGGAGCUGGAAAUGGAGUCGGUGGUUCCUGAAGUUCGUAAAAUGAAAGUCCAAGAGAAAAUGAAGGCAAUACAAAAGGAGAGGGAAGAGAAGCUCAUAAAAAUUCUGAAAGGUCGCCUUCAACCAUAUGUCGCAGGUAACAAAGAUGCGUUUGUAAAUUGGGCAACAACAGAAGCAAGCCAUCUCUCACAGGCUGCUUUUGGAGAGGCUAUGCUACAUACAAUUGGCUAUAUCUACACAAGGCAAGGUGCAAGAGAAAUUGGAAAGGGUAAAAGAUAUAUGAAGGUUCCUUUCUUAGCAGAAUGGGUACGUGAUAAAGGUCAUAUAAUAAAAUCUCAAGUUUCAGCAGCUUCAGCUAUGCAUGUAGGUGCUGUGUCAUUGAUGCAAGUACAGGAGGAGAUGAAAAAGCUGAACCAAGGAGAAAACAAAGAAGACAUGGUAUCUAAAACCAUGCAAGAAAAAAAGGACUCUAUGAUUCAAUCUCUUUGGAAGCUUAAUGUGGUAGAUAUUGAAGCGACAUUGUCACGUGUCUGUCAAGCAGUUGUUAAAGAUACUAAUGUAUCCAAGGAUAUUCAUAGGCAACGGGCAAGAGCAAUGAAAAAGCUCGGAACAAUUUUCCAAGAUUUGAAUACAAAGGGUGCCAAGUCCACUUAUUCCCGGGAAAACAGUCUCCGCCAUGAAAGUGACAAACCUGAGGAUAGCAGUGCUGCAUCUAAGUGAUACUUGACUUGCUGCUUCAUACCAAUUGGCAGCUGUUGUAUGUAAUGUAGCCCUAUUCUGGUAUAAAUUGUUUUAUUCAAAAUUACAGGAUCUUGUAGGAAAUCCAAAGGGCUUUGUUUCUA